AUGUCAAACGCUGCUCAAGAAGAAUUUAACGACCUGGUCGCCAAGAAUACACAUCGCGAAACCCUUCACCCAGAGGACCGUGACGACCUUGAACUCAAAGACACCCAAGAUCUAUCCGAAGAAGACCUUUUCCGCAACGCUCAGAUCGACUCCGCAAUGCGCAUGCCCACUGUCGAUCGUCUCACUGGCGCUGGCGCCUCAGAGAUCAAGCUCCCUCCUGUCUCCUUCGACAGCGGCCGUGCUACCGGCGUCAAAGGCGUCAUUGCUGAUGCACGAAACUAUGAAGCUGCUCGCAAGAACAAGUGGCGACACCGUGUCCGCACCGCACGCAACAGCAUCUUUGGUAUUGAGGCCCCACCUGCUCCCAAGAGCGACACCGAGAGCAGCGACGAUGAUGCAAAGAGUGUCGAUGCCGACGAGGAGGCUUUCCUCGCAGAGUGGCGCGAGAGCCGACGACGUGAGCUCGAGAGUGAGGCCAGCCGAUCUGUCAGGAACCGAAGAACAAGCCCCAGCGUUCGAAUCUUUGGCCGACUAGACGAGGUUGAUGCCCUGGGCUACCUCGAUGCUAUUGAGAAGGUUGGAAGGGAAACAACUGUUGUCGUGUUUGUGUAUGACCACGAGUGUGAGGUCUCAGCCACUAUUGAGUCGGCACUCAUGCCUAUUGUCAAGGCCAACCCCGAGGUUCACUUUGUCAAGGUCCACUACGAGGAGAUUGAGUUUGACAACGCCGCCGUGCCUGCAGUCCUUGGUUACCGAAAUCAGGGUGACCUGUUUGCCAACCUGACAGGUCUGAUUGAGAUGAUUCCUGAUGAUGAGUCCUUUGGUACUCCUUCAUUAAGGCACCUCUUCCAAAAACAUACUAUUCUAUAA